AUGUCGAAUCUCCCUCCACCGCCGCCGCCUGGCUGGGCGCCUCCGCCUCCUCCAGGUGCUCCCCCAGGUCUAUCAACAGGUGCGCCGCCUCCGCCAGGAUAUGCCCCACCAAAGGACCCCCAGGCCGCGAAACUUCAAGAGAAGAAGCAGAAAUGGGUACGGCAACAGAGGCAGCGCUUCGCCGAGAAGCGGAAAGGCGGAUUCGUGGAGACACAGAAGGCGGACAUGCCUCCAGAGCAUUUGCGCAAGAUCGUGAAGGACAUUGGAGAUGUUUCGCAGAAGAAAUUCAGCAGCGACAAGAGAAGUUACUUGGGUGCGCUGAAGUUCAUGCCGCAUGCCGUUCUGAAACUCCUAGAGAACAUGCCGAUGCCUUGGGAGAGCAGCAAAGACGUCAAGGUGCUGUAUCAUGUGAACGGAUGCUUAACGCUGGUAAACGAGAUUCCGCGAGUGAUCGAGCCCGUCUUCCACGCGCAGUGGGCCACUAUGUGGGUUGUUAUGAGGCGAGAGAAGAGCGAUCGGAGACAUUUCAAGCGCAUGCGAUUUCCACCAUUCGAUGACGAGGAGCCACCGCUUUCAUGGAGUGAGAACAUCGAGGACGUUGAGCCUCUGGAACCGAUUCAGAUGGAGCUGGACGAGGAUGAAGAUGGCCCAGUAUACGAGUGGUUCUAUGAUCCAAACCCACUGUCAGAUACAAGUCAUGUCAAUGGACCAAGCUAUAAGGAAUGGAAUCUCACCCUUCCUCAAAUGGCUACUCUCCAUCGUCUGAGCAAUCCCCUGCUAUCAGAUAUCACAGACAGCAAUUACUUCCAUCUAUUUGACAUGUCCGCUUUCGCCACAGCAAAGGCGCUCAAUGUUGCCAUUCCAGGAGGCCCUCGAUUUGAGCCGCUGUACAAGGACAUCGACCCGAACGACGAGGAUUUCGGUGAGUUCAACGCCAUCGAUCGAAUCAUCUUCCGGGCACCCAUCCGGACGGAAUAUCGAGUCGCGUUCCCAUAUCUAUACAACAGCCUCCCGCGCAGCGUCCAGCUCGGAGUAUACAGCCAGCCGCAGACAGUCUAUGUGAAGACCGAAGAUCCGAAUCUGCCACCUUUCUACUUCGAUCCGGUCAUCAACCCUAUUUCAUCGCGGUCAGUCGCCCCCAAGAACCUCUCAAUCAGUCAUGAGGAUGAGAUCUUUAGUCACGGGAACAACGAAGAGCCGGAUGAGGAGGAAGGCGGCUUCAGCCUACCGGGAGAGGUCGAGCCCUUCUUGGAAGACCACGACUUGUACAACGAGGACACAGCUUCCGCCAUCGCCCUUUGGUGGGCUCCUUAUCCCUUCGACAGGCGAUCUGGCAAGAUGGUGCGUGCUCAAGAUGUGCCUCUUGUGAAGCAGUGGUAUUUGGAGCAUGUUCCGCAGGGCCAACCCGUGAAGGUCAGAGUAUCCUACCAAAAGCUGUUGAAGACCUACGUUUUGAACGAAUUGCACAAGAAGCCGCCGAAGGCGCAAAACAAGCAGAACCUGUGCCGAAGUCUAAAGAGCACCAAGUUCUUCCAACAGACCACGAUCGACUGGGUCGAGGCUGGUCUACAGGUUUGCCGACAGGGCUUUAACAUGCUGAACUUGCUCAUCCAUCGCAAGAACCUUACCUACUUGCAUCUGGACUACAACUUCAACUUGAAGCCUAUCAAGACGUUGACCACGAAGGAGCGCAAGAAGUCUCGAUUCGGAAACGCAUUCCACCUGAUGCGUGAAAUCCUGCGUCUGACGAAGCUCAUCGUAGAUGCGCAAGUCCAGUAUCGCCUCGGAAACAUCGACGCCUUCCAGCUUGCAGAUGGUAUCCUUUAUGCUUUCAACCACGUUGGUCAGCUUACGGGUAUGUACCGAUACAAGUACAAGCUCAUGCACCAGAUCCGAUCUUGCAAGGAUUUGAAGCAUCUGAUCUACUACCGCUUCAAUUCUGGACCUGUUGGCAAGGGUCCUGGUUGUGGCUUCUGGGCUCCAGCCUGGCGGGUCUGGCUUUUCUUCCUUCGCGGUAUUAUUCCGCUCCUCGAGCGAUGGCUUGGCAACCUUCUUAGCAGACAGUUCGAAGGCCGUCACUCCAAGGGUGUCGCAAAGACUGUGACGAAGCAGCGUGUUGAGUCGCAUUUCGAUCUCGAGCUGCGCGCCUCUGUCAUGGCCGACUUGAUGGACAUGAUGCCAGAAGGUAUCAAGCAGAGCAAGGUCAACACUGUACUACAGCAUCUAUCGGAGGCUUGGCGAUGCUGGAAGUCGAACAUUCCUUGGAAGGUACCUGGACUGCCAAAGCCGAUCGAGGACAUCAUCCUGCGAUACGUCAAGUCCAAGGCAGACUGGUGGGUGUCCGUGGCCCACUACAACCGCGAGCGCAUUCGGCGCGGAGCUACGGUCGACAAGACUGUUGCCAAGAAGAAUCUUGGUCGUCUCACUCGACUUUGGCUGAAGGCUGAACAGGAGCGACAGCACAACUACCUCAAGGACGGACCAUACGUCAGCACCGAGGAAGGUGUCGCUAUCUUCACCACUGCUGUGCAUUGGCUGGAGAGCAGGAAGUUCCAGCCAAUUCCAUUCCCGUCCGUCAGCUACAAGCAUGAUACGAAGAUUCUCAUCUUGGCGCUAGAGAGAUUGCGUGAAGCAUACUCUGUCAAGGGUCGCCUAAACCAGAGCCAGCGUGAGGAACUUGCUCUCAUUGAGCAGGCCUACGACAGUCCCGGCACAACGCUUGCGAGAAUCAAGCGGUUCCUGUUGACGCAGCGCUCCUUCAAGGAAGUCGGCAUUGAUAUGAACGAUAACUACAGCUCCAUUAACCCGGUCUAUGACAUUGAGCCAAUCGAGAAGAUCACAGAUGCCUACCUUGACCAGUAUCUCUGGUAUCAGGCUGACCAGCGUAGACUGUUCCCUGCCUGGAUCAAGCCUUCCGACUCAGAGGUGCCGCCUCUUCUCACAUACAAGUGGGCGCAGGGUAUCAACAAUCUCUCCAAUGUCUGGAGCAUCGAUGAAGGCGAGUGCAACGUCAUGCUCGAGACUCGCCUUGACAAAGUCUACGAGAAGAUCGAUAUCACCUUGCUCAACCGACUGCUGCGGCUAAUCAUGGAUCACAAUUUGGCCGACUACAUCUCCAGCAAGAACAAUGUGCAGCUCAACUACAAGGACAUGAACCAUACUAAUGCAUACGGUAUGAUUCGUGGACUGCAGUUCAGUGCGUUUGUCUUCCAAUACUACGGCCUGAUCAUCGAUCUACUUCUGCUUGGACUGCAGCGUGCAUCCGAGAUGGCUGGGCCACCCAACGCUCCCAAUGACUUCCUCCAGUAUCGCGACCGUGCGACGGAGACCCGACAUCCCAUCCGUCUGUACACUCGAUACAUUGACAAGAUCUGGAUCUUCUUCCGAUUUACGGCAGACGAAUCACGCGAUCUGAUCCAGCGUUUCUUGACGGAGCAGCCUGAUCCCAAUUUCGAGAAUGUCAUCGGAUACAAGAACAAGAAGUGCUGGCCUCGCGACUCUCGCAUGCGCCUGAUGAGACACGACGUCAACCUCGGCCGUGCCGUCUUUUGGGACAUGAAGAACCGGUUGCCGAGAUCCAUCACAACCGUCGAGUGGGACGACACAUUUGCCAGCGUUUACAGUAGGGAUAAUCCCAAUCUGCUGUUCGCCAUGAAUGGUUUCGAGGUCCGCAUUCUACCGAAGUGCCGAAACAUGAACGACGAAUUCCCCACCAAAGAUUCCGUUUGGGCUCUCGUGAACAAUGCGACAAAGGAACGCACUGCUCAUGCCUUCUUGCAGGUCACCGAAGAGGACAUCGCAAAGUUUAAUAAUCGAAUUCGUCAAAUCUUGAUGAGCUCGGGCAGCACAACCUUCACCAAAAUUGCGAACAAGUGGAACACAACAUUGAUAGCACUCUUCACCUAUUACCGUGAGGCUGCGGUCAGCACCGUCAACCUGCUGGACACGAUUGUGAAAUGCGAGACAAAGAUUCAAACCCGUGUGAAGAUUGGGCUCAAUUCGAAGAUGCCGUCUCGUUUCCCACCGGCGGUGUUCUAUACACCCAAGGAACUUGGAGGCCUGGGAAUGAUCUCUGGAUCCCACAUCUUGAUCCCUGCUUCCGACAAGCGUUGGAGCAAGCAGACUGAUAGCGGCGUGUCGCACUUCCGCGCUGGUAUGAGCCACGACGAGGAGACACUUAUCCCGAAUAUUUUCCGUUACAUUAUUCCUUGGGAAGCAGAGUUCAUCGACUCUCAGCGUGUCUGGACUGAGUACUCCCAAAAGAGGUUAGAAGCUAACCAACAGAAUCGUCGUCUGACGCUCGAGGAUCUUGAGGAUUCGUGGGACCGCGGCUUGCCAAGAAUCAACACCCUCUUUCAAAAGGACCGCUCCACCCUCUCCUUCGACAAAGGUUUCCGUGCACGAACUGAAUUCAAGCUGUAUCAGCAUAUGAAAUCGAAUCCUUUCUGGUGGACAUCCCAACGGCACGACGGAAAGCUGUGGCAAUUGAACGCCUAUCGUACGGAUGUCAUCCAGGCUCUUGGAGGAGUUGAGACCAUCUUGGAACACACUCUGUUCAAGGCAACGGCCUUCCCAUCAUGGGAAGGCUUGUUCUGGGAGAAGGCUGUAAGUGCUUUUUUAUACCCGUGGAGCAUGUUGUCGCGUUGGGGGGCUAUCUCCAUGGUUGCUGUCACGAAUAUGCGGCUGAACGAGCCCCUUAUACCUCUGUCUUUGGCAGAUCGCUCAAGAUGACCCUUCAAUGCGACAAUAAGCUCCACUGACACUCAGGAUGAGAAUGAGAACAAUGCUGACUUAUUUCGUAGUCCGGAUUCGAAGAGAGCAUGAAAUUCAAGAAGCUCACCAACGCCCAACGCUCUGGUCUCAACCAGAUUCCAAACCGUCGAUUCACCCUUUGGUGGAGCCCUACCAUCAACCGCGCCAACGUCUACGUCGGUUUCCAAGUCCAGCUUGAUCUGACUGGUAUCUUCCUUCACGGAAAGAUUCCUACCCUCAAGAUCUCGUUGAUCCAGAUCUUCCGUGCCCACUUGUGGCAGAAGAUCCACGAGUCGGUUGUUAUGGAUCUUUGCCAAGUCUUUGAUCAAGAGCUUGAGGCUCUCGGUAUCGAGACGGUGCAGAAAGAGACCAUCCAUCCGAGAAAGAGUUACAAGAUGAACUCCUCGUGCGCUGACAUCCUGCUCUUCGCUUCGCACAAGUGGAGCGUCAGCAACCCCAGCUUGCUUUACGACACGAAGGACAACAUGGGCUUGACGACAACCAACAAGUUCUGGAUCGACGUCCAACUGCGAUAUGGUGAUUACGACUCUCACGAUAUCGAGCGAUACGUUCGUGCCAAGUACCUGGACUACACCACCGAUAGCAUGUCGAUCUACCCGUCUGCCACUGGUCUCAUGAUUGGUAUCGAUCUGGCCUACAACCUGUACUCGGCGUAUGGACAAUACUUCCCUGGUCUCAAGCAGCUCGUGCAACAAGCGAUGGCAAAGGUCAUGAAGGCCAACCCAGCUCUCUAUGUCUUGCGCGAGCGUAUUCGGAAGGGUCUGCAGCUCUACGCAUCAGAGAGCAACCAAGAGUUCCUCAACUCGCAGAACUAUUCGGAACUGUUCAGUAACCAGAUCCAGUUGUUCAUUGACGACACCAAUGUGUACCGCGUCACCAUCCACAAGACAUUCGAAGGCAACUUGACUACUAAGCCAAUCAACGGAGCCAUCUUCAUCUUCAACCCACGAACUGGACAGCUCUUCCUCAAGAUCAUUCACACCAGCGUGUGGGCUGGACAGAAGCGUCUUGGCCAGCUUGCCAAAUGGAAGACGGCCGAAGAAGUCGCUGCGCUCAUUCGUUCCCUACCCGUCGAAGAGCAGCCCAAGCAGCUCAUCGUGACCAGAAAGGGUCUGUUGGACCCUCUUGAAGUCCACUUGCUUGAUUUCCCGAACAUCAGCAUUCGCGCUUCCGAGUUGCAGCUGCCUUUUCAGGCCGCCAUGAAGGUCGAGAAGCUUGGCGACAUGAUUCUGCGAGCAACAGAGCCGCAGAUGGUGCUGUUCAACCUCUACGAUGAGUGGCUCAAGAGCAUCUCUUCGUACACUGCCUUCUCGCGUCUCAUCUUGAUCUUGCGUGCGCUCCACGUCAAUCAAGACAAGACGAAGCUGCUCCUGCGACCAGACAAGACUGUCAUCACCCAGGAGCACCAUAUAUGGCCCACGCUGUCCGACGAUGACUGGGUAAAGGUCGAAGUGCAGCUCCGUGAUCUCAUCUUGAAUGACUACGGAAAGAAGAACAACGUCAACACUUCGUCGCUCACAAACAGCGAGAUUCGAGACAUCAUCUUGGGUAUGGAGAUCAGCGCGCCAAGUAUGCAGAGACAGCAGGCUGCCGAGAUCGAGAAACAGCAGCAGGAUCAGGCACAGCUUACUGCUGUCACCACCAAGACGCAGAAUGUUGCUGGCGAGGACAUGAUCGUUACCACGACCUCGGCAUACGAGCAGCAGAGCUUCGCGUCGAAGACUGAGUGGCGCACUCGAGCUAUCGCCACCAGCAAUCUCCGAACCAGAGCUAACAACAUCUACAUCUCUUCCGAGGACAUUCGUGACGACGAGCAUCACUUUACCUACGUCGUGCCAAAGAACAUCUUGAAGCGCUUCAUCGCCAUCUCCGAUCUCCGUGUCCAGGUCGCUGGCUACCUCUACGGAACCAGCCCGCCGGACAACAAGCAAGUAAAGGAGAUCAAGUGCAUUGUCAUGAUCCCACAGGUGGGAAGCACUCGGGACAUUCAGCUUCCACGCAACCUUCCCGAGAACGAGAUGCUGGCUGGUCUCCAGCCUCUUGGUCUCAUCCACACCUCGGCCGGCAACGAGACCAACUACAUGACUGCUCAAGAUGUUACCCAGCACGCCAAGCUGAUGGCUGCGCACGAAUCCUGGGAUCGCAAGACUGUCACCAUGACCGUGAACUUCACGCCUGGCUCUGUUUCUUUGUCUGCCUGGACGCUAACUCCUCAGGGUUACCAAUGGGGUGCCGAGAACAAAGACAUGUCUUCCGACCAGCCUGCUGGGUUCAAUAAUAACCUGGGCGAGAAGUCUCAGCUUCUUCUGUCCGACAAGAUUCGAGGCUACUUCCUAGUUCCAGAAGACGAGCGCUGGAACUGGAGCUUCCUGGGCAGUGGAUUUGGAGAGAGGGAGAAGGGCAGAGUUUACGUGGGUGUUGGCAUUCCGCGCCGAUUCUACGAUGAUGUGCAUCGCCCGGUGCACUUCCAGAACUUCGCGGAGUUGGAGGAUGUUUGGGUCGAUCGCAGCGACAACCUCGCUUAA